CUGAUAAGACUGACACCUCGUCUAAAUUCUAAAAAAAGCUGCAAAAUAAAAUCAUAACCUCUAAAUUGUCUCGUCGUCUGAGAUAACAAUAGCAAAAGAUCGCUAAGAUUAAACGAUUUUAUAUAUUCUUUGUGAUUCUAUGUGUCAAGAUUAGAUUUUAUUUGUUCAAUUCACUUCCAGGGUCAAUAUAUCGUAGAUUUGAUCAAGAAUGUAGGAAUCGGUACUUCUAUUUAAUCAUUCAGGCGUAGUGAUAAUGUAAGCUUUUUUCAUGCAAAAGGCAACAAUAUUUGUUGUUUUUACUUUUGUGUAUUUUUUCGAAUUGGAAUAAAAACAAAUUAAAUCACAAUGGUGGACAAAGUGAAAAAUAGAAUUCCCGGUGAUGUACCGCCGCCGUUCAAGCGAAUUCCUGGUGAUAUACCUCCGCGGCCAAAAAAAGAAAAACAAGGUUACCUCGAGAAUUUAGGAAAGCUACGAAAAAUCGAUUUAGGUGAACUUUUAGAAAGGCAAAACAAAUUACUCGCAAACAAGAUUUUUAUUUCCAAACUUCCUGAUAAAGGAGAGAAGAUAAAAGGUUUCAGAGAGAAAAUCGUUAAGGAAAUUGAGCGUCGUAAUGAAGUUGAUGAAGCAGCUCGUCUUCUUUCGAGACUCAACAUAGCCCAAGAUGGUAAAUCAGCAAUGAAUCAACUAGAAUGGACAGGCAAAUAUUCAGAAAAAGACCUUGGAGAGAAGAUAGUUGAACUGGACAGCGAUGAUGAUGAAGAUCCGCUUAAAAUUCUCGCCCAGCCGACAGGAAGUGGUGUACACAAAAAGAAAGUGAUUAUCCUUCCACCUGAGGAGAAGCUUAUAAAGCCUGAAGAUUUGCAAGACAUAGAUUCUUUCGAUUCCAGCGAACCUCCGGAAAUAGAACAUGUAAAAUAUAUUGUAAAUUUGGUAGAGAACUCAGAAAAAGAGACGCGAAGAGAAAAAUAUAUGCCUUACAAAACGACCAAGUCCAACGUACAUGAUCCUAUGAAAGAAAAGGUGCGAAAAAAAGACAAGCAUUGGGAAAUAACGGCAGCAACACCGCCUCUUAUUGUUCAUGGAGCUGUGCAGGUUCUAAGUUUAAACGAAUCUCUGAGAUUGCAAAAGGAACAAGCUGAAAAAUUGCAGCAAAUCCAAGCAAAACAUGCAACUCAACGCCUCAUGGAACAGCUCGGUGCUCACAGUUUGGGAACUUUACCUGCUAAUGUAGGAAGUUAUCGUUCUACAAGUGAAGCUAAGGAUUCUGAUUCCUCGGACGCAUCUGAUGAUGAAGAGAUUGAAGUGCACGAUGAAGAGGAAAGCGAUAAAGGCAGAUCUGUUGUUUAUACAGUACAUUAGUCAGAAAUCGAAUUAUUUAAUUUUUAAUAUAAUUUAUAUCGUCCUUGCAUGACUUUAAAAAUAAAUAUUUAAUUAUUA